CGUGCUGUACCAUCAGCUGACACCAGCCAUUGUGCCUGUUGACACCGCAUACGACCAUCCGACCAACUCAUCAGAGUCGAACGAGCGACAAUGGCUACCAAGAAGGAUAUGCGUCGGGAGGACCUGAUCGUGCCGUACCUGGAGCCGGCGAAGGACAAGGACGCUACCGACUUUAAUAGCACAAUGACAAGCACCCUCCCAAUGGCCGCCAUGUUCACACGAAACAAGCUCCUCGGCUGGACAUCCAUGCUCUUCGCCAUUCAGAGCUGGCUCCAAGAAACUCCAGCUUCUCGAGAGACCGCCAGUCAACCUGCCUACUUCGGUGUGGGCAUGGCCGUGCUAUCUUUGGCGGUGGGCUACAUGCAACUGUUCAUGCCUCCUCCAAACGCUCCAGCAAACGUGGGUAGUGGAACGGAAGCACCACCUGCUGUGCCUCAAUAGAGGCUGUAUAUCAAGUUUCGGCUGUACAAAUAUAUCAUCCGACGAGGAAUUAUCCCGUACCAUUUCCGUCUUC